GCACUAUCCUGGUUGACAAUAUGCUGAUCAAAGGGACCGCAGGAGGGCCAGACCCCAGCAUUGAACUCUCCUUAAAGGACAACGUAGAUUACUGGGUGAUCCUCGAUCCUAUCAGCCAGAGGUUAUACCUAAAUAGCACUGGCCGAAUUCUGGACAGAGAUCCGCCAAUGUCCAUUCAGUCCAUUGUGGUGCAAGUCCAGUGUGUUAACAAAAAGGUUGGCACCAUCAUCAACCACGAAGUACGGAUUGUGGUGAGAGACAGGAACGAUAACUCGCCUCGGUUCCAGCAGCAGCGAUACCACGUGGCGGUCAAUGAG